AUGGACUUCAUCAACACCCUACCACACGGCGAGGAUGCCUGCUUUCUUGCCCAACAUCUUGAAUUGCACUGCGACGUUGAGCAUGGGGUUACAGAUGAGGAGCUCGCGGCCAUUUUUCCUGCCUGCUCACAUCUCGAAUUUCUCUAUCUUUCUGGCGCGCCUGAUCUCUCCGACCGCACUCUCAUCCUCCUCGCCACCGCUGCUCCGUAUUUGAGUUACCUCGAUGUCUCUGGCUGCACCCUGCUCACAGACGUCGGCAUCCUCGAGCUCGCCGCGACGGCGACGAACCUGGUAGUACUGAAGCUAAGCGCCAUCCCUGGCCUCGCGGAUCCCGCUAUAUCCGCCCUCGCGUGCUCCCUCCCACACCUCCUUGAACUCGAGCUGUGUGACCUCCCACUCAUCACAGCCGCCUCUGUGCGCGACAUUUGGACCUUUUCCCGCAAUCUUCAGCGUCUCAAGCUCGCACGUUGCACCCAACUGACUGAUCGCGCCUUCCCCUUCGCGCCUCGCCCGCGCUCGCAGGGCAGCGGGGAGCUCGAGGGGGAGGACGGUGUUGCACCUCCUGCGCGGCCACCUACCUGGCUUGACGAGCUUCCACCGCUGAUACUCUCGCACGACGCAAACGCCUUUCUCGAUCUCCGUCUGCUAGACCUCGCGCACUGCCCGAAGAUCACUGACGCGGCCAUUGCAGGCAUUGUCACGCACGCGCAUUAUAUACAGCAUCUCACUGUGUCGGGGUGCGUGUUGCUCACCGAUGGCGCGCUGGAGAGUAUCGCGGUGCUCGGCGCGUACCUCGGUGUGCUCCGACUCGCGCAGCUCGAGCGUAUCACAGACCGCGGGAUCGUGCACCUUGUGCGCUCGUGCCCGCAACUUAAGUCUGUCGACGUCAGCCUCUGCACGAAUUUGACGGACCUCGCGGUGCUCGAGCUAGCGGGAUUGCCCCUGAGGCGGCUUGUAAUUGCGGGGAUUCCGCGCGUGACGGACAACGCCCUCCUGUUCAUAGCGGAACACACGCCUGCGCUCGAGCGCCUGCACAUCGCGCACUGUGCGCGCCUCUCCCUCGACGCGGCGCAUGUCGUCGUGCGGAAGCUCGUGCGGCUCGCCGUGUUCGGUGCGUCCGGUGUGCGCGCUCUGCGGCGCGCGGGUGUUGCUCGGUUCUCCGAUCCUGCGCCGCCGGGCUAUGACGAGCGCGCCCGGGGCGUGUACCGAGUCUUCCGCGGCGAGAACGUCCGUGCGCUUUGCGUGUUCCUAGACAAGGAACUUGAACGGCGGCGGGACGCGGAGCGGCGCAAUAUUAUCUUCGUGCCUCGUGAGGAUGACAGUACCGCGCUGUAUUAA